AUGCUGGAGAUGCGAGUGAGUACCUGUUCCAGGCAAAGGCAUGCCUCUUUAACAAUUCCAUUCCCUAGCAAGGAGCCAGUGCCUAGGAGAGGUACUCAGUCUGAGGGACAACAUUAGGGUUUAGUUAGCACCCAGCACUUGUUGGGAAAGGUCAUUCCUUCCCUGGGACCUGUCCAGGGUUCUGAAGGAUUAAUGUUCUUAUUACCCUUGCUUUCUAAUUUUCAGACUUUUGAACAGCUAUCCCUGGCUGUCAGUCCCUGCCCUGACUUCCUGUUCUGGACUACUGCCUGGCCCGCUUCAUUCAGACUACUGUGGGCUCAUCCUUGCCAGGACUUGACAGUAUGUGAAGCACUCUGUAUACUCUAAAUCAUUACCUAAGUACUGCUUCUUGUUGUGGUUACUAUUGCUAUUAUUAUUACUGCUUCCCAAACAUUCCCUGAGAUUUGGGAAUUCCUGGUAUAGUUCAUGUCAGAUCCUGGUGGCUGGUGCUCCAAGUUCAAAUGUUAUUGUAGGAAACUUUUCUGCAGCGUUUCACUUGAUGAUUAAACCAACCGAGAUGAUCCAAUUGUAUCAAAGGCGAUUGCCCACUUCUAGAGAAAAUCAGCAGAUGGGAAGGCUUCCAGCUUAUUGAUUUAAAUGGAUAUGGAGUCUCUCCCAGAAAGCAGGGCUCCACCCUGCCAAAUGCAGGGUCUUCAGUCAUGUGAAGAGAGCCUAAGCAUUUACAUGAUAUAUUCCAUAGACUCUGUUCUAAUUCUGGAUCAACACAAGCAGGUCAGGUGUGUAGAGAGUGGGCAGGAUCCCACCCACUCCUACCUACAUAAAGCAUACGUGCCUUUUGAAAGUAUCUAAAGGACUUUCUGAUGAAAUGGACACUAACGCACAAAGAAUUAAUAUGCUGUAAUAAACUGCUUAGUCUUUAAGGUGCCACAAGACUAUUUGCUGUUUUCACAGAAGGGUGUGAUUGUGAUAGGAUUUCUGGGGAAACAGUUCACCACCUUUUCUUGUAUUGAAAGAAUAAGGUAGAGUUUUAUCUAUUGAUAUCAUUUAGCCAGUGUGGUGCUUUACAGACGCUGGAUUAAAUCUCCCAAACUAAUGGAAGAAUCUGUAUCUAAAGUACCGCCAUCUUCAUAGGCUAAUAUUAUUCACUAUGAUGGUAUUCUGUGCAUUAGUACAUAAUGGCAUGUUGACAAGUCCUGUGCUAAUUUUGCUUUAAAAAUACAUGUCCCAUGUUUCCUGAUAUUAAAAUGGCAGCUUUCUUCUUUACAUCAGAGACAAGAAGAUUUAGAGAAAGUAAUCUCAAAAUAAUACACUUUGUUAAUUUCACUAUGCCCCAUUAUGCAUGUGAAGUGAUCAGAUGUCACAGAGUGUGAGUUGUAUUCAGUAGCACAAUGUGAUGAUGGAUGUGAAAAUCGCAGCAUGUCACCAAUGUGAUAAUCACAUUCAAAAACCAUAAGACCUAGUUUUCCUUUAGUGAUCCUAACAUUCUUUUCCAGGCAAAAUUUCAACUGACAUAACCAGGAGAUGGAAAGCAUGUCCCAUAUAUUGUCUAAGGAUAGUCAAGCUAUCAGGGAUGCGGGUGGCUCUGUGGGUUAAACCACAGAGCCUAGGACUUGCCGAUCAGAAGGUCAGCGGUUUGAAUCCCCGCAACGGGGUGAGCUCCUGUUGCUCGGUCCCUGUUCCUGCCAACCUAGCCGUUCGAAAGCACGUCAAAGUGCAAGUAGAUAAAUAGGUACCGCUCCGGCGGGAAGGUAAACGGCGUUUCCGUGCGCUGCUCUGGUUCGCCAGAAGUGGCUUAGUCAUGCUGGCCACAUGACCCAGAAGCUGUACGCCGGCUCCCUUGGCCAAUAAAGCGAGAUGAGCGCUGCAACCCCAGAGUCAUUCAUGACUCGACCUAAUGGUCAGGGGUCCCUUUACCUUUAGUCAAGCUAUAGCAAUUUAAGAAAUAUAAAGUGGCAUAGUAUUCAUGGUAACUAUCAGUGUUCAUGUUGCAUUUAGCAGUCAAAUAUAUCUAACAUCAGCCAAAUCUCUAGAUUCAGGUAGGUAGUCGUGUUGGUCUGACGCAGUAUCUGAAGAAGUGGUAUGUGAAGAAGUGUGCAUGCACACAAAAGCUUAUACCAAGAACAAACUUAGUUGGUCUCUAAGCUGCUACUGGACAUUUUUUUAAUUGUUUAAAUAUAUUUCAUCAGCCAAACUGUAAUACUUGAGCCAAUGUGGUUCCCUCCAGAUGUUGCUGGACUACAGCUUCCAUUGUUCCUGACUACUGCCUAUUGUUUGGGAAUUAUGAGAAUUGUAGUCCAACAACAUGUGGAGGAUGCCAUAUUGGAGACCUCUGCUCAUUAGCAAAAGUCAGUGUAUAUCAGACUUGGACUGGGAAAUGGGUUUAAAAACUUUCAGUCUAAGAAUCAUUGUGAGAGAGAAAUGGGAUACAUCCAUGUUUGCUACCUGGGGCUCCAAAGAAGAAAGGAUGGGGUUGCAACAAACAAACUGGGGUUGCUACAGGAAGGGUUAGUUAUAUUAAUAGGCAUGGCUUGGAACCAUAGAAUCAGAGUUGGGGAGAGUCCUAUAAACUGUGUGGUCCACUCCCCUGUUUCAUGCAGUAAGAAGGCAAAGCAAUUAGAGAGAGAUUAGGCAAAAGUAAGCUAGAAUAGAUAAAAGUUUAAAAAAUAUUUAAAAAUUGAAUACAAAAACAGAGAAACUAAAGAAGGUAAAGAAAUUCAUUAUUUAGAAGAAAUGUGUUUAGAUUUUUUAAAAAGAAGCUACAAAUUAAAAUUAAACUAUUUAAGUUGCUCAGAGUAUCAGAUUCUAAAGCAGUUCCCUAAUGGGACUGAGCACAGCUCUUUUUUUUUAUGUGAAGAAAGCAACGAUUUGCCAUUAAAGUUUAAAAGUAAUCUUAAAAAAAAACCCAACCCACCCUCCAUGUUUUUGUGGGUUUGGCACAUGACUGUGCUCACUUACCAACAGUGUAUGCCCCUUCAGGGCUCAGUAGACAUUUGCUUUUGUGGGUGUCAAAAUCAAAACCUUUCCAAAACCAUUUAAUGGUUUAUGGGGAUCCAAACGCAAACAGAAGCAACAAUAUAUCUGUGUUACUUGCUGUCCUGGCAGUACUUACCGGUAUAAGCUGCAUUUAGUCUGGGGCAAUCUUGAGCAGCUUGGUUGUUGCGGACUUUCCCAUUCUUACAUUUUGAUAACAAUAUUUGAAGACAUUACCAGUUAGUGAACUGGAAAGUCUCCCCUUCUUCAAAUAUCCACCUGAUCCUUGUCGCUGGGCAUUAUUAUAUGAGGGUGAACCAAUCUAUUGUGAUCUGAGAAGUGAAUCAAGUACCUUUUCAAUAGGAUUUCCUACUGAAUUUUCAAUAGCUCUUUUCUUUACUAUAUUUCUUAUCAAUUCUCUAGAUUAGGUUGGGAAAAUAACCUCUCCUGUCUACACCUUGAAAUCUACCUGGAAAAUAAUCUCUCAGCCAUUGAGAAUUGUCAUUCUGAGUUACGAUGAUACAGAAUAGAUGGAGUCAUAAAAAUAUAAGGAUUGCUGUGCUGGAUCAGACCAAAGGCCAAUCUAGUCUGUGAGUGGAAUUAGGUCAUGUGAGUGGAAGAUUAAGAGUGACGGAUGGAUGAGAGGUUAGGCCUUUCCCCAGGACUCUUAAGCCUGUGCUCCAUUCCUUUGUGCAGGCGGUCAAUCAUAUUGUGAGUACUUUGGGAACAAAAUUUCACUAUUCCCCACACCUCCCUAAUCAUAAAAGUAUUAGCAGUCUUGAGAAAACCCCAAAGAUUGUAGGUGAACCAAAAUAAUAUUAAGAAAAAUGAGGUCAGAUGUAGAAUGCUGACUGGCUAGGGAGGAGUAGCAAACAGGAAGGAAGGGAAUGGAAAGGAGAGGUUGGAAUCCUGAACGACAGCAUUUUGUUGCAGGUCCUCACUUGUCACCUUAGGAUCGUAACCCAGCCUAUAUAUGUGUCAUUAUUAAAAACAGAUAAUCUUCCUGAAUGAGAAUGUGUACCUUCCAUCUGCAGUAUGCCAGGUGUUGGAGAAAGUAUCAGCCACUUUACAUUCCAUACAAGCUGAUCAACAUCUGCAUCUACAGGUCAGCUUAGCUGGGCACAGUUGCAAGCCUAUAAUAUGCAUGGAUAGUGGGUCUCUGGAACAUGUUUGGUAGCUUGGAUGUGAAAGGGAGCUGAACCUCAUGACAUAGCCCCUUCCACACGAAGAAACUGCUAGAUUGGGACCCAUGACAUUAAUAUUGUAAUUCAUGCUUCUUCAGGUGAGCCUGUAGGAGCUGAUUUUAAGAGACAUUGCAUGUCCCAUCAAACUCAGUGUUAAGUUGUGUGACCCAAACACUCCACAGUUCCUGUAAUCAAAAGUGCACUCGAAUGGUUUGUAAGAGAAAUAAGUAGAAAAGUCAGAAUGCCUAAUUCCUUCACAACGCUUAAUGUGCAGCUUUGCAGAGUGUCAGUAUUUUCCAACACCAACAAAAUUAUGCAUUUUUUUCCUCACAUCACGGAUAGAAAACCUGCCCAAUGUUGCCAUUACUUGAGUGAAGGAAAGUUAUUUGGAAAUUAAAUCUUUGAGUAAAUGUACUGUGGUGUUCAUGGGCAAUAGUUCUUAUAACUUUAGAACACAGGUAUUUCUUUCAGCAGCUAUGGCUUUCAGUAGUUCAUCAGUUUGGCUUUGCAUGAAUGUAAUUUACCUUUCAAGUACCAAAGGCCUACAGUACAGGGUUUGUCUUUAAAUAAACGGGUACUGUAAUAGUGCUCACAUUAUGAUCUUUUAAGGGGAAAAAACACCAUGCCAAAUGUAUUCCAACAUUUUCUGAGCAGUUAAUUGAGAUGCAAACAUAGUUUGGGUACAUUAAAAAAAAUGGCAUUAACACUGCUGUUUUGUGAGCUAGAAAUUGUGUCUUGUGGAAUAGAUUAGGCAACUGCCAUUAUUUUUAAACAAAAUUAUUGGUAAAUGACUGUGAGAGCUGAAAACUUCAGCUUUUCAGGAACAACAGAGCCUACUAGACUGAAAUGAGACACAUAGGAAUGAAGGACCCUCCUGAAUAGGGUGGGCUGUGGUUUAGGAGAAUUAGGGGAAAGUGGGAUCACACAAAAUUGGGCCAGGACACCUUCUGUGAGUGGAAUUCCUGAAGGUAAGUUAAUCCAAACCUAUUGCUGCAAGCAAAUCACAUUCUACAAGAGUGGAUCUAAAAACAAAUGAUCAGAUGAUUGAGUAAUUUUUCCUCAACAUCAUAAAAUCAUAUAAUCAUCACAGAAUUGUAGUGUUGGAAGGGGCUGCAAGGGUCAUCUACCUCAAAUAUUAGUACUUGGUAAUAACUUCCUAACUAUUCAGUUGAUGUUCGCUUAACUGCAUAUAGGAAGAAUCAGUGGCUGAAUUGCCUGCAUAUUGUCUGAUUCAUUAUCAUGAAAUUCAUCCAGUGGGUAUAGAAAUUAAUGCAUUUAUUGGUAAAAUUUACCCAUAGGUUGUCAACUCACACACUAGGCAGAUGCAGUAACAACUCCUAUAUUUGAAAAAAGGCAAUAUCUUAGAGCCAAGUCAUGUGACCUAUCUGGACCUCAUUUGUCAUUUCAUUUUCUUGCCUACAUUGCAGCUCUAUCCUUCCUUCACUGAGUUGGUUGACCAGUAACCUCCCUUGCUUUUUCCAGUCAUCACUACUUUCCUGUGCAUCUGGUGAAAUAAUAAUAAUAAUAAUAAUAAUAAUAAUAAUAAUAACAACGUAUUUUAAGAGGCAACAAGUAGGGAUGUAGUAGCACUUUGAUUAAGUUCACAUUUAAAGGUGAGCCUACCUAAUUCAAACUUCCCAAAACAAUGUGCAAAUUGAAACACAACCAUUCUUCAAAAUCUGAAUUUUGUAAUGCAUUUCAUCAGCUAAGUAAUAUGUAGAAAAAUGUGUACAUUAGGGUAAAGUGCAUGCAUCGGUCAUAAUAACAUACAAAAUGCAUUAGGUAACAUUGCCUUACAAACAUGUAUAUUAGGCAAAAUCGCAUACAUAUACAGUGGUACCUCGAGUUACAGAUGCUUCAGGUUACAGACUCCGCUAACCCAGAAAUAGUACCUCGGGUUAAGAACUUUGCUUCAGGAUGAGAACAGAAAUUGCACAGCAGUGGUGCAGCAGCAGCAGGAGGCCCCAUCAGCUAAAGUGGUGCUUCAGGUUAAGAACAGUUUCAGGUUAAGUACAGACCUCCGGAAUGAAUUAAGUUCUUAACCAGAGGUACCACUGUAUGUGUAUAAUUAGAGAAAUGUCUGCUAAAAUUAUUAUUAGUUUUUAUGAUACCUUUUUUCAAAUUAACAGUAAUAAUCACAAACUGAUGUGGAAAUGUGAAUUGAACUUAAAACUGGAAAAAUGCAACACCGAGCAAAACCGAAAUUGGCAUAUUCGCAGGACUAUUUAUUGCUGUACUUGCUGCAAGACGCUAAUACAGUUACCUAUUUGGAAUUACCGUAUUUACUCGAGUCUAAUGUGCCAGCAAAUCUAAUGCGGAUCUUAAUUUUGACAAUGUAAUUUGGCCAAAAAAGGUGAGCAUUAGAUUUGAACAAAUACAGUAGUUCUCAUUGGCAUCAGACUACAUUGGACUUGUUCCAAUAGAUACUGGUUUUGUUGUGGCUAAGGAGGGGUGAAUAUGCCAUUAAUUUUACUAAGAUACUUGAAGAUUUUUUUGCAGGUGAAGGGAGAGAAUUCAGUUGAUGCCCCUGCACUCACAGAAGUGUUUUUGAUCCAGCUGAUGCCACAGGAGAGGUAAUUUUUGCCAGUCAUCAGUAUGGAUAUUGAAACACUUUGCCAUUGACAACAAAAGAAGCUGGGCCCCACUCUUAGUCACGAAAGUGACAAUAAUGAUACAGUUAUACAACCUAGCUUCAAUUAUAAAUGCAAUUUAAUUCCACGAUGCAUUUUUGGAUGUUUUUCACUUCUCCACUGUCCCAAAUGUUUCUGUUUACAGGAAUUGA